CAGAAACAUUUUGACACCAAGUACCAACGUUUAUUACAUGAAAGAAAACUGAAAUAAGAUAUUUCCUUUUAAGAGAAAUCAUUACACAGAUUUGGUUCUAGGUAAACACUGCAGAAAACACAGAACCAAUAAAGGCUGUGGUUCUGCAUUAUACAUUGAGAUUAUAGAAAUGCGAAGAUCUAUUUGCUUGGGACCUCUUUGACAUCCGUGUUAUUCUGCAGGUCAAUUAUGUUAAUUACGUGACCAUGGAAUUCUCUAGUCUAUAAAAUAUUUAGAUGAUUAAUAAGCAUUCUUCCAUAUUAAUCCUUGUUAGCAAAGAUGUGCGUUUACUCAAAACAAAGAGCAUGAAAAUAAAACAUAAAACAAAACCAAGGCCUGUGGCUCCUCCUCCAAGCAACCCCCCUCCCGGUGGUGAUGAAUGGGAGGGACUGUAUGCCCCCUCCCUCGGGAGACUACCCUUUCACUGCUUUAGGCCGUUUUGAAAUUCUUUCUUUAGAAGAGAUUUUUUUAAAAUCAAACAAAGCAGCUGCUGUUCCUGUGAGUGGCACACCACAAACAAAAAAAAGGAGCCGAGGACACGGACGGUCGGCAAGGCUGGGCUGGUGAAAAAGCAGUCUGGUUGAUGGAGUGUCUGAAGAUGCGCUUUUCCCCGGUCUGAGAACCGCUCACACUUUGAAUGAACCCAUCCAUCUUUACAGGCUUUUCCUACCGGAACGGGAGCUUCGCGGGCGAGCGCUUUUUCUGUAGACCCUCUCGGAAGGACAUAGCCACCGGAGAGACGACGGUAACUGGUAGACUUUGCGGGCCUGCGGGGCGGUCGGGCAGGUUGCGAGCGGCUGCUGGGAGGGCGUGACGGGCGAAGGCUGGAGGUUCGCGCCGGCUGCCCGCAUCCAGAUGUGCAAGCCAGCCGCCGCCAGGGAGGCUUCGCCGCGCAGCCCCGGCCUAAACGCCUUGCAGGAGGUUUGUCCCUGCCUGCGCGCCGUGCCCUGAGCUCUUAAGCAGGGAAAGCGCGCGGACAUGGGCGAGACCAUGUCAAAGAGACUCAAGUUGCACCUCGGAGAGGCGGAGAUGGAGGAGCGGGCGUUCCCCAAUCCCUUCCCAGACUAUGAGGCCGCCGCCUCCGCCGCGGGGCUCGCCGCUGGAGCUGCGGAGGAAACGGGCCGUGCUUGCCCUCUCCCCACCACAGACGACCCGGGCCUGCCUUUCCACCCCAACGGGAAGAUUGUUUCUAACUUCAUAAAGCGUAUCCAGACCAAAAUCAAAGAUCUUCUACAGCAAAUGGAGGAGGGACUGAAGACAGCGGACCCUCAUGAUUGCUCUGCAUAUACUGGUUGGACAGGCAUAGCACUUCUCUACCUGCAGCUGUACCGGGUCACUGGCGACCAGACCUACCUGCUGCGAUCCCUGGAUUACGUGAAGAGAACACUCCGAAAUCUGAGUGGUCGCAGAGUCACUUUCCUGUGUGGAGAUGCUGGGCCCCUUGCUGUAGGAGCUGUCAUCUACCAUAAACUCAAAAGUGAAUGUGAGUCCCAGGAAUGCAUCACAAAACUUCUACAGAUGCACAGAACCGUUGUCUGUCAAGAAUCAGAGCUUCCUGAUGAGCUGCUGUAUGGACGGGCAGGUUACCUAUAUGCCUUACUGUACCUGAACACAGAGAUUGGCCCCGGCACUGUUGGUGAGACAGCUAUUAAAGAGGUAGUCACUGCUAUUAUUGAGUCAGGAAAGACGUUGUCAAGGGAAGAAAGGAAAACUGAGCGCUGCCCCCUGCUGUAUCAGUGGCACAGAAAGCAGUAUGUUGGAGCAGCCCAUGGCAUGGCUGGAAUCUACUACAUGUUAAUGCAGCCAGAAGCAAAAGUGGACCAAGAAACCUUAACAGAAAUGGUGAAACCUAGUAUUGAUUAUGUGCGCCACAAAAAAUUCCGAUCUGGAAAUUACCCGUCCUCAUUAAGCAAUGAGACAGACCGAUUGGUCCACUGGUGCCAUGGUGCCCCAGGAGUCACCCACAUGCUCCUGCAGGCCUAUCAGGUUUUUAAAGAGGAAAAAUACUUGAAAGAGGCCAUGGAGUGUAGCGAUGUGAUUUGGCAGCGAGGUCUGCUCCGGAAAGGCUAUGGAAUCUGCCAUGGAACCUCCGGAAAUGGUUAUUCCUUUUUGUCCCUUUACCACCUUACGCAGGAUAAGAAGUACCUCUAUCGAGCCUGCAAGUUUGCAGAGUGGUGCCUCGAUUAUGGAGCACAUGGGUGUCGCAUUCCUGACAGACCGUAUUCCCUCUUUGAAGGUAUGGCUGGUGCUGUUCACUUUCUCUCUGACAUCUUGGUACCAGAGACGUCACGGUUUCCGGCAUUUGAACUUGGCUCUUUGCAGAAGGAUUAAAAUGGUGCAAAAAGACAACUAACAUACCAUUGGACCAAAAGCCACCUGACUGAUUAGUGCCUGACACAGAACCUAAUGUAAAGAAAAAAGGGGGGGGGGCAAAACCCUCACAGCCCCUUUUGUUGUGAAGACCCCCAAAUUAGAGCAUGAGUGAUAGAAACCACACGUCAGCACUUUGUGACAGCGUUCCCCUUCAUGGUGAAAUACGAAUUCUCCCUAUCUAGGCUCCCUGUAGUGUGCAUGUUUCUUGGUGCUUGUCUAUAGGUGUAAAUUGACUAUAUAAGAGUCACACUCAUCACAUGACCUCUUAGCUGAGCAUGUGGGAGUGUUUAAGGCGACAGCCACACCUUUUUGUACAUAGUAUCUAAAGUAGGGUGUCAUCUCUAUCAUCAAAGAAACAGUUGUGUGAUGUGUCUGAAACAUCAGUUAGCAGAUCUAGAUACCCUGUGAGGAAAGUGUGUUAGCCUUUUCCAUGGGCAGCUUUCAGAAGAGCGGGAGUGAAAGGCAGCAGGAAAGUGGACAACUCAGCAUGCACUGUACAGCUCGAGAAGGCGCAGGUGACACCACUCCCCUCUUUGUGUCUUAUGGUCAACACAAUUAGUGACUAAUUAUUAGCAGUCCUCAGACAGUCACCCAGAUCAAAACAGCCUCCACCUGUUAUCAGUACAGCUUAUCCCUGUAAAACAGAGUAGAGAAUGCCAGCCAGAUCCAUCUAUAGCCCUUCAAAGGUUUAUUUCAUAUGUUGGUAACUUAUUAAGGUAUGAAUUUAAUACAUCCUUUAUUUUUCAUACAAAUUGAGGGGAUAAAUUCUAGGCUGAAUUUAUACACACAAGGAACAAACAUUCUAACCAAGACGAUUAUUAUCUGGGUGAUUUUUAAAUUAUUUUUAAGGACAUCUUGUUGGAUUCACAUACGGUUAAUAAUCCUGUCACAUAAAUUUCAGAGUUUGGUUGUUUUUCGUGAUACAAGUGGGCAGGAUUGUGUAAUAGUCUGGACCUCAGUCCUUCCUAAAUACUUGCCCUAGUUACUACUCCUUUUAUAAAGUAGAAAGAAUUGUGAGUCUUCAAGAAAAGGCCUCUUCAUGCGUGGACCAUUUUGAGUGCUGAACCUUGUUUGUGGGACUGGUACCCUAAACAUCUGGCCUUCAGUUUCCAGGUGAUGCCUCCUAAAUCUCUUCAUUCUAAGUUGUGACUAUUCUGGUUCACCUUGGGUUGAUUAGUUCCAUGUAUAUAAAUCCCCAUGAUUAUCCUCUAAUCUCCCUGAGCCCAAUAAUGGGCUUCUAAGGGCCGCCCAGCACCUUCUUACCUAAAGGUAGGGCAAACCAUCCCGGACAGGCUGAGGGGAAGUCAUUCUGCAGAACUAGACAGGUGCUGUCUAGUCUCAUCCGAACCGUACAGUUUUCAUCCUCUUACCCAUUUCAACACAAAUAAUACACAGCAGAGCUAAUCUCUGAGAUCCAGAUUGUGUAGUUCAUGAAGGAAGCCCCUGGGGCUGUGUAGUAAGCCCUUUUCUGAACCAAGGUGGCAGUUUACAGGGCUCUGGCUUUGACCAAGGGCCCUCAAGGCAACAGUAGCAGUGGUGACUCUCCCCUUUAUAUUUACUCAUAACUGGUUGACAAAUAACUAGUAUCUUCCUGGCCAACCUGCCGAGGGAAAAAUCAAAUACCCCCAGGAUGACUGGGGGGUUUGUUUGUUCCCACUCACCACUGGUAUCUACAGUCGUGCAUCUCAGUCACUGACACUGAUUCCUUCCUCACACCCUUGUGCUGCUGUCCUACAAAAGCUGCAGCCCCCGUCCCAUAAGGCCAAGGAGGAAUGGCAUGCAAACCAGGACUGAGGGCUCAAGUAUGACCAUUUGAUAGUUAUAAAUGUAUGAAAUCUAAUUGAAGAACAUCUCACUUUUGUUUCUUAGGCUUGUUUUAUGUCAACAACUGUAUUCUAAAUGUGUUGAAAAAUUUAAAAUAUGUACACACAGAAUACCAUUUUGAAAUCUGGAGGGAAAAAGGUAAUGUCCACAAAAAGUGUUUGGGGUUCUUUGGUUUUGUUAAUAAAAGACAGUUUUGUGGUGAGGA